UCAACAGUCUCUUGUGCUGAUAUCAUAACCCUCGCCACUAGAGAUGCAGUGGUUUUAGCCGAAGGCCCGAGCUACAAAUCACCCACCGGACAGCGUGACGGCGUAGUAUCAAAUCCCAACGAGGUCAACUUGCCCGGUCCGUCCUUCUCUGUGUCUCAGGCAUUGCAGGCCUUCACAGCCAAAGGAAUGACUCUGAACGAUAUGGUGACUCUUUUGGGUGCACACACCGUUGGUGUUGCGCACUGUAGCUUUUUUGACGAUAGGCUCUCCAACUUCCAAGGGACAGGCUCUCCCGAUCCUUCAAUGGAUCCAGCUUUGGUUACCAAGUUGAAAAACAUGUGCGCGGGACCUAAUGAUCCUACUGCAUUUUUGGACCAGAAGACAUCAUUUGCCUUUGAUAAUGAAUAUUACAACCAGGUUAAUUUGAAGAGAGGUGUGAUGCAGAUUGACCAGGAGCUAAGUUUGGAUAAGUCCACAGCUGGUAUUGUUUCUGGGUUUGCAUCAAAUGGUGGCAGAUUCAGCCAGAGUUUCGCAACUGCUAUGUUAAAGAUGGGAAGCCUUCAGGAUGGAAAUGCCGGUGAAAUCAGGAAAAAUUGUAGAGUUUUUAAUUAAUCA